UACGAAUCGAGAAAGAUGAGCACUAUCGAAACCUCUCUAAUAUCACUGUUUUCAAAAUCAGAGUGCCAUGAACUUCACAGUGGACACCUCCAAAGGCUACUCUUACGUUCAUCUUCCUCCUCCCUUGGAUCUGAUCCUCAAAUGACCCUGGCCACUGAUGAGCCCCAAGGGGCCAGUUAUAGACAGGGCCAAGGGACUGAGAACAGGGGGGUUGAAUCUUUAGAAGAAGGAGGGAGCAGUGAGGCACCUCCUGUUGCAGUCUCCUUUGGAAUCUCAGAUGAGGGUGCUGAGCAGGCAGAGACGUGGAAGUCCGAGUCUGACACAGAUCUGCGGGACAACCACGGGGAGAGGUGUACACGACUUGAUCAAGAUGAAAACCAAUCGCAAAAGCAAGUUAAGGAGACCAAGUCUAAAUGUAAACAAAUUGCUCACCUUCUGACUGAUGCACUCAACCCUCAAAACAAAGGAGCUCUCCUCUUCAAAAAACGCCGGCAGAGGGUGAAGAAGUUCACACUAGUAAGUUACGGGACUGGUAAGAGUAAGUUUAACAGUGAAGACCGAUUGGAAGAAAUCCAAGAGACCGGGUUUGUAACAUCCAGCGAGUCCGGGUCUGGAGAAGAAUACUCGGUAUAUCUUCGGCAGCAUGAUUUAAGUGUGAACUGGGAAAGUAUUCGAGAGAUGGAAGUUCUUCCCGGGACGAAAGGAAAGGGAGUUUUGAUGUUUGCGCAUCGUCGUAAACGUAUGGAUGAAGUUGUCGCGGCGCAAGAGCUCCAUAAGAAAGGAUUAUACUCCAAAGCACCGUCAGAACCUGGAUACGCAAACAAUUGGUACAACAUGAGGAAAAUAUCUGAUCACUCCGAACAGGGCAACUUCAUGAACAGACAUAUUCAUCAGAUGGACCAGCAAAGAUCUUCGGUGUCAAACAGGACAGCGAAACCCUUUUCAGGGGUCCGAGUUGGUCCGGCUGAUCAGAGCAAGCCUGCUGGUCCUGUUCCAAUGAGAAAACCAGAGUUCAAGGUACCCGUCCCUAUCGUCUCAAACCAACAAGCUUGGUCCCCGACCGGAGAUAUCAUAGCCUCCAGAGAUGAGCGAAUAUCUGUGCCAGCAAUCAAGACCUGCAGUUUUCCAGGGAUGAGACGUAAAAGCUCUAACAAACAGCAACAGAUAUCCAAACAAGUCUCAGACGGUCAGGAGAGCAGAGCUUAUAUGGAGUCGGAAGAAGACUGCUUCAGCCUCGGCGCUGAAGCUUGCAACUUCAUGCAACCCAGAGCCAUUAAACUCCCGAAUCCACCCCCGGUGGCACCAAAGCCUGUCAUUAAUCCAAAAUGUCCACCUUGGUUAAAAAGUCCUCCGAGUGAACCGUGUUUUCCUCCAAGAAGUUCAGUCUCACAAACAAAAUAUCGCGCAGAACCCCAGAGACAGCACCAUUACAUCUCCGAAGCUCAAAAGUUGCCCAACUCCUGGGAAGCGGAUCGAGCCCAGGCAACGAUUCAAACACCUGCUGUUGGCAGGACGUCGGUCGGCUCCUCUUCUCAGCUUGGUCUUCAGCCGACCACAAAUAGCUGGAACAAACCUCUGCCAAGAUCGGUCGUGAGUAUACAAGGGUACCGUCCAACUUUCACCCCACAGUUAACGUCCAGGAGCCAGCAAGACAGCGCACCGAAUUCCGUUGCCUCUUGUCCACCAAAACCGAUGAAACCAAUCACAUCCAAAAUCUCACCGGCUCCUCCAAAAGGUCAAGUCUUCAGACAGGGCGACCCUCAUGGUGAUCGCACCAUGACAGGAAAAGGCGCAGAAUUAUUUUCCAGAAGACAGUCCCGAAUGGAGAAGUUUAUUGUCGCCGGUCCAGCAGCAACGGAAAUACGAUGCCCUUCUCCAACAAUGUCCUUACCCCACUCCUGGAGAUAUUCAUCCAAUGUCCGCGCACCACCUCCAUUAUCUUACAAUCCACUUGACUCCCCGUUUUAUAAUCCGAAAAAAACCACUGCAGCGCUACCCAAAUCAGUCCCAAAGCAAAUCAACACUUUCGAUAUCAUGAAACAUCAGCCGCAUCAUUUGGACCCAUCACUCUUCCACCAUCAUGUACUUCCAGUUGCUAAAAGCCCCAACGCCAAACCAGCACCUCCAUCAAAGUUUGACAUUACCAAGAAACUCAAACAAAGAUCUGCCCACUCUGAUUCUCCUAAUAUCUCUGAGCCUGAUUUUGAAAGCAAGUCAGAGGCCUCGGCUAAGUCCUCAGCUAAGUCCUCAGGACCGGGACAAGGCACAAGGCGCUCCCAUAGCCUGCCGGGGCCCUCCCGUUCUGCUGGGCCUAUGCCACCAGUGGCCACAAAGCAUCCUCAGCGAGCAUUCUACAAGCCACCCACACCCUGGGAGGCUGCGUCCAGAAGCCCUUUCGGUUCAGUGGACGACGCCUUCUCAAUCCACAGCGCCUCGUCACUGGUCGCCUCACAUGUCAACAUCGCAACGACCCGAGGGGCUCUGCCCGAGCCUCCGGAGGAAUGGAAGCGCAGAGUGUCGCUUGCGAGUGAGGGUUACUGUCGCACGACCCCGACUUAUUUGACCUCAGCACCCAUGAGGAUGAAAUGCGCAGGGGACAAACCGACAGCCUUACUUUUUCCUCCCACAUUUUAAAAACAUGCAUAUUGUGUUAACUGAUUUUUUUUUCACAGAUUCAAAUGGUUGCUCGUGCGUGGCUGGCAACUAGUCAAGGGUGAGGCCCAGCUAACCCUUGACCCAAACGAAGACAAAUGCAAUGUAAAAUGUACGGAUGGAUAUUUCUCCAUACAAAACAUGUGCACUCACUUAGAUAUGAUAAAAAAUUUUGUUUGUGACACAUUUCACAAAAUUCUAUUUUUGAUCAAUGCAUCUUUUGGGACACAAAACACAAUUUUCCACAAUUUAAGUAAAUUUCG